AUGGUGAUUGCUGCGUUGGGUCACGACGUCGGUCAUCCGGGUAUCGGGAAUUCUUCUCUAAUUGCGUCCCGUAACUUAUGUGCCAUAAUGUUCAACGAGCGGGCAGUACUGGAGUCAUACCAUUCAUUUUUAUUGAUGGAGUUGCUGCGGCAUCCUGAAACGGAUAUACUGGAAGGAUUUAGUGCAGAAGUGCAACAGGCGGCGAGGCAGCGGAUUGUCAGGGCAAUUCUUGCUACUGACCCGGCAUUCCACUUUCAGCUGGCAGACGAGCUUGAGGCCCUCAAAGCUGCAAACCCCGAACUGAACGGACCUGCCACACUGCUAGACGAAAGAAUAAAGGACGCUUGUCUUAUGCGGGCAGCCGAUAAUGCAUGGGUGUUGACUAAUUUUCCUCUCCACAGAAAGUGGGGCGAACGGAUGGUCCUCGAACUGCACUUCCAGAAUACUUUGGACGAGGCCCUCAAAAUGCCUCCGAGUGCCCCAAGUGUCAUUCUGCCUCGAGACACUUGCCUCGCCACGACGAUGAUUCACUUUAUCGACAAUGUCUUUGUCCCCUUCUAUUCUAUCCUUGCCUGGUUCUUCCCCGGGGACUUGGAUACGAGGGUAUGCGUCAUGCAGGCAAACAGCGCGACAUGGGAAAAAAUUCGCCAGGAGAGCUCUAAAAUAGAGGGCUCGCACGAUGUUGAAGAGUUGAAAGAGAUGCGCCUCUCCGGAAUUUCGGCCGCAUUGAAAGCCUUAGAAGAAGAAAUGGAGUACCAGAGUGCAAAGCUGGUAAUAGACGAGUCCGCAAGCCCCCAACUCAUCAACUGCUACCAGUAUGAUGAAACGCCUUACAGGAUACUGCUUGAUGAGCAGCAGCGUGUGCUAGAGGAGCAGCGUCGUCAACAAGAGGAGCUUGAGCUACAGAAAGAGCUCGCCUUCCAGGCAGCGCGCCGGGAAGAAGAAGAGAUGAAGCUCAGGGAGGAGGAAGAGAGGAAGGCGAAGGCAGAAGAGGCAAGGAGAGUCAAAGAACAACAAGAAGCAGAGCAACAAAGAAGAGAAGAGCGUCGCCGUCGUCGUGCCGAGAUGUCCAGUGACAGUGGCAGUGACAGCUCCGUGGAGACUACCGUGACUGAAGAGCAGCAGGACCAUGCAGUAGAGAAGCCACGCCCCAGUAUAUCCCCUCUUGCGGAAGGAUUUCGAAGCAUGAUUGAAAGAGAGUUGAGUAAAAGCAGAAGGCAGUCACAGGAUACAAAAGGAAAAGAAGGAGACGGGAGUCCUCUUGCUCCCACGGAAGGACUAAGCCCGUUACCCAGCAAUGUAAUCGACGAACUAGAGCCAGAUAUUGAGCCAGAAGGGCCUCUGGGUUACGAAGCAGAUGUUCAGGCUAUCGCUGCCCUACUAGCAUCCAAAAGAAUAGAAGCAGCCGCGGAGGGAAAAGAAGAGGACCCACAAACCAAUUGUAGCAGCAGCAACAGUCGGAGCACCACCAACAGGAAA